AUGUUCUUGUGUGCAAGUAGUUUUUGGUCGGCCGCUCUAGAAUACAAACUCAAGGUAACUGUUACGCGACCGCGACGCACUUGUCUGACAAAAAAAAUAUAUAGAAGAACAUUCCAGGCUGUCCAUGUAACUUGGAAGGACUCAAAAUCGCUCCCAACGUCGCCAACAUGGAGUACGCGCCGAUGGUGACGUGAGUUUAUUGUCCGUUUUUUUAACUUCUCUGCGCCCUCCUCGUCUCUCGGCGACCCUCUCAUGUUGACAUGCUAUUUUCCUGUUACUCUGACCUCGCCAGUGAGAGAACAGAGAGACGCAGACACGCGAAAAAUGUCAAGUCGCGGCAAACGAACUAUAUUAAAGUUCUUCAUUCUUUAUUAAAAAAAAAAAAUCAAAAAUCAAUGAAUUUUCCAGCGGAAACAAUUGCAUGGCAACUUUCGUUUGCAUGUCUCCCAAUAGAGCCUGUACUGCUCCAUUCGUGAGUUUCCGCAAAAGUUAUUUUCUUACUCAAUCUUCAGAUUUUCGACGCGGCCACUGGAAUGGGAAAAGGUUUCAAAUUCCAGUUUGCCAAAUCAAUGGUCGACGUUACGUGUAAUGAGGCCGGUGAAUGGUCUUACAUUGGUAAUGGAGGCGUUCCGACUUCCGGGUCAGCUUUAUAUGGAAUUCUUUUCAGGGAAAAAACUGACAUUAGAUUUUAAAUUCUGAUUUUCAUAGACCACUGACAAGGAAAGUCAUUUCACUUUCCGUUUGAGUUCCUUGAAAAUUGGCUUUUGACGAAUUUUCAGGGGUUUCUUUGACUUUAAAAGCAUACGGGCAGUAAAAAAUGGAGUUUCAGGUGAAAGCAGUAUCUUAGCUUUUGUGACGAAAAGAACUUUGGUGACAACAGAAAAAAUUGAAAAUUGAAAGAAACGAAGAAAAAAGCGAAAAUCCGGAUGAUGGCAAAGCCUGUUGUCCAUAGAGCAACUUUACUGCAAAGCGCCCUUUUGGCGGGAACUCAAACUUUCCUUUCUCCGACUUUGAAUAAUGUUUUCUCCAAAACUAGAAACUUCUGUACGUUUUCAAGUUUACCGUUCGAUUCGCACUCAAAAGCUCUACAAAUUACUGCUUUGAACUGAAACACCGUUUUUUACUGCCCCUAUGCCUUUAAAGUGUUUUUUCUCAAGAACUAGAACGCUCUAGGGAUAAUAAUCUGGUGCCGUUCUUCGAAAAGUUUAACUUAUAAAAUUUCAUCAUUUUUGCAGGAUCAGCGCGAUUUCUUGCAAGGACGAUCCGCCAAGCUGUAUUAUUGGAUAA